AUGAAUGGGCGGCGGCGGUGGUUCGUUCUCAAGCAGGGCGAGCUCUUCUGGUUCAAGAACUCGGCCGUCACAUGUGUGUUGGUUCCCCGUGGCGUUAUCCCCGUCGCCACCUGCCUCAUCGUCAAGGGCGCCGAGGACGUGCUCAACCGCAAGUUCGUCUUCGAGUUCUCUACCCCGCAGGAGACCAUGUACUUCGUCGCCGACUCCGAGAAGGCGAAGAAGGAGUGGAUCAACCCGAUCGGAUGCUCCAUCGUCCAGCACUCCACUGACGAUGAGAUCGUCGACUACAACAGCGGCCAGACCACAACAGGCGUCAGAUCAUAG